GCUGUCCAGCGAAAAAUGAAGAUCGAGAUGGCACAGGACGGCGAAUACUUCAGUAUAGGAAGUAUCGUAAGCUGUACAACAUGCUAUAACCAGAAAAUACAAGGAGAAGUACUUGCUUUUGAUGAAGGAACAAAAAUGCUUGCAAUCAAAUCUUCUGCAGCAAGUGGAAAACACAAUCGUCAUGACAUCCGCAUGGUGAACCUGGCAUAUGUGAGUGACAUUAAAGUCAUUCAGGAGUCGGAUGAGCCAGCCCCAGCAUUGACCAGUCUUAACUUACAGAAGAUUACAUCCCGAUUGAGAGAGAACUUGGAUGCAAAGAAGCAGAAAGUGAACUAUGUUGGCAUAGGAGUUAGUGCUGAUGGACAGAAGGUGUUCAAUUCCAUUGUGAAAACACUUAAUGAUUCAAGAUGGGAGGGCAAGAAUAUCAUAGUGAUGGAUGAGGUGUCAAUACGGCCACCCUACAGUGUGGAUGACUGCCGAGGCAAAGAUGGACAGUUGUUAAGUCACGUGAAAAAAAUAGUUCGUAAACACUAUACAACAGAAGAGGGACAAAAAACAGAAUCGCGCAAGUCAAUGUCCCCAUCGUCUGCCUCACCUGUGUCUUCGUGAAGAGUCCUGGCCACGAAAAGGAGCAUUCAACACCUCAACACAGCGUAAUCUCAUACACAGUAAUAUACAGAUAGCAAGGAGGAUAUUUCUUUCAAAAAACAUUUCCAACCAUUUUGUCUGAAUUAGUUUAAUGUGUAUCUACUUUGGAGAUUUUUUUUUUUUUUUCCUAGACGUUUACAAUGAAACAAAUAGUUAUUUAAGAUUUACUAAAACUUCAGAAAAUCAUAGAACUAAAUAUGGUUUCAUUUUUUAAUUAGCCCAACAUACAAUCAAGGUCUCCCCAUUAAUAUGUCAUGCACAACUUUAUGUUGUGAGGCCCAUUCAUGAUGUCCGUUAUAGAAGAAUGAUAGAAUCUGCUAAUUUUUUCUGUUCAAAGUCAAUUCGUUUCACUAUGUUCUGAUUUAUUCCCAAUAUUCUGAAAUAAAACGCCAAGCAAAGUCAAGAACAAAUUAUAACUGAAUGAUGAAAUAAGACUGGAGAUACAUUGAUCUAGAACACAUGUUAUAGAUUCUAUUUCUCGCACACAAUUGAGUCGAAUGUGUAUAAAUACAAAACAAACUGAUUUAAUUUCCAAAUUCUUCAAGUUGACAAAAUUACCUCCCUUACGUGGAUAAUACUAUAGUAAUUCUGACACCACUAUGUGCAACAUAUUGAAGAUAUCAGACAGACUGGAUAUUUAUUCUGAGAAGCUCAUGAAAUUUGUCAGUCUUAUGUACAAGAAAUUCACGAACAUUGCAUUGUAUAGUUAAAGUGUGAUUGUCUUGUGUACAGACUGACAAAGAAACACUUUGUAAGUUCUUGGUUUGUGUUUUGAAUAUUGGACACAUAUCUCUCUUCUUUAUGAUAGAAAAUAAACAUCAUGGAAAUGAUAUUCUCUAACAUCAGCAGAACAAAAUUAUAAUCUUUUACCACGAGGUACAAUUGCAUACAUACAGAGACAUAUUUUUCUGGGGGGUGUUAUUUAUUCAAGUAAAAUUGUUGUAGAUGAUUUUUUUUUUUUAUAUUUUUCUAUAUUUGCUUUUACUUAACUUAUUUCUGCAUCUAUUUUUCACCCUUUCUUUCUCUCAAAUUUUUGUUUCUUUGAGUUCAUAAAUCAUGCUUCAUGAAAAGGUCCUGUCAGGUACAGAGAAAUACAUUUUGGCAUUCUGACUAUGAUAAAGCUAUGGCUAAUCAGUCUGAUAGCCAGUCAUUGUUUCCAAUUCAGUAAAUUACUUUUGUAUUUUUUUAUUUAACAUUCAUAGAGAGUUGAAAUAUUAAAAAAAAAAAAAUAACAAUUUGAACACAUACAACACUUAUGUGUGAAAUUUGCUGAUACAAAUCUUGCUUAUCGAUGGUUUGUUCAUCUUUCUGAUAUUAUGCCACAGUCAUAAAGCUUCAAUCAUGACAGCAAUUACAUGCAUGUAAUUGAAAUUUAAAAACAGUGGAAAAGAAAGGUUUUCAAUUUCUUUCCACAACUGGCAUGUUGCAUUAUGUAACACUAAACACAUUUGUAUCUAUAACCAUUUUAAUCUUCUUUUCAAUAUGGUUAUGAUAUGCUGGCAAGUAACAGAAUUUUUCAUUGGAAAGAUAUUUUUGGGGUUUUUGUUUUUUUUUUAUGUAUUCAAGUAAAACUUUUCCAAUUCAAUGUAACAAAUACAGGUGCUAUAGCGUUGAUCGUAACUAAAUAGCACUAUGUUUUGUGCAUUGUAACAGUAACUAAGAUGAAUUAGCCUGAAUGAAAUCUGUUGUUUUGGAAGUGAUGGUUUGAGACUUAUGACUUCAGUUACAUUAUCAUAAUAUACCAUGAGAGUGACAGGAAAACAAUUUGCCAUGACAAAUCAGGUCUAUCUUCUUAUCUUCAAAAAAUCAUGAAUCCUUUAUGAUGUUUUUAUUUUGGCAAUGUUUUCCUUAAGCUUUAAUAAAUAAUGCUUUUUCCCUGGUAUUUUUUUUAACCCUUAAGUGCUUUUAAGAAACAGAUUUGAGGUCAAAUAUCCUUUUGUCAACUGUUCAAAUUCUCAUGCGGACACUUAUAUUUGUAAUAUUGAAUAAUUAAAUUUCUAAAUUACUGAUAUAUGAAAUUGAAUUACCAUUGGAACUAGACAUUUCACUUUGUAGAGUUAUAAUGUAACUGAAGACAGAGUAGGACAAUUAAUUACAUUAUGUACAUUUUUUUUUACAUCUAGGUCUUAAAUAUGUUUUGGCCUCUGUAAAGUGUAGUGUUUACUGUGUUUUUAUUUGCUUCCUUGGCUGCUGUGCUGCCCCUUUCUAAUGUAACAGCUGCUUUUUGACCUUUAUACUACAGACGGCCUGGAAUGAUUUCUACCUAACUAUCUUGUUAUUGAGAACUUCAUUGGCAAGUUAUUGAGAUAAAUAUAAUUCUAACAGCCACUGCAGAAUCUUGUGUAAGUUGUUUGUAGUUACAUCAAGGCAGGAAGCACAUACAAGAUUGUGGCUUCAGAGAUAUAUCAAGAUCUUGAUAAGAUUUCUGUGUUGAAAUAGCCUUAAAGAAAAGCAAUUCUUAGUUCUAAGAAUCAGAUUCCUGGUCAAGCUACAUGUAAUUGUUAAAUGUAUUACUCACAGUUUCAGUUGGUAGGGAAUCAAAAGAAUGUUUGGUAUGGUUGUGAUGUGUUCCAUUUGUUUACUAACAAUUUUAUGAAUGUACUUGAAAUAAGUUUUAGGAAAAAGAAGCAUUAUCUUUAAAAUAGUUUUUAGGUCGUGUUAUGAAAAAUGCACAGUAAUUUUUAGGACUUUUUUUGGCAAAUUUAGGACACCAUUUUAGGACUUUUUUAGGCCAGAUUUCAAAAUUGUUUUUGAAUCCCAUUCCAUUGCUUCAUACUGCAGAAUUAUCUGCUCAUUUAAGCAGGUGUUGAUUCUUAAGCCGUUAAUUUUCAGGAGGAAAUUAUGUUCAAUAUCUGCCUUAAAGGGCAGAUAACUCAGCAUUACCAAAAGAAAGACUCAAUUCAUAAUUAAAAUUUGGAUAAGUCCACACAAUGUAAGUCCUUAAAUUAUUUUGGAUUCAAAUCUUACUUCAAAUAUAAUUUGAUCAAAAGAAUUACAAAUAGAAUUUGUUUGUCAGGUAAAAUUAUGAUUAUGAAAUUUCAGAUUAAAUUUUAAUGUUGAAUAUAAAAUAUAGGAUAUGCACAAAUUGUGAAGAUUUGUAGCAUGAUGAUGAUAUAAGUCUUUUGUCUAUCUUUUUUUCUGUCUUUGUGGAAUUUGAUUGCAAGAUUUUCAAGAUAUCAAAGAUUUCUAUUUAAUCAAUUUAUCAAUUAAAUUCUAUUCGGUAGGCAUGAAUUUAUUUCAUGCAGCUCCUUAGUAAGUUAAAGCAAUUUCCAAUUAUCGAUUUUUUCUGCUACUUAUUAUUUACUGAAAAGUUCCUCAAAAAGAAAUAUUCAGCAAUUUUUUCUAAAGUGCAGAUGCCGUUGAAAAAUUCAUAAUCAUCAUAAAGUACUUGCACGAGCUCAGUGGAAAAGGAAUGAUGAUGUAAAAUGUAAGCUGACAUUUUUACACUGAUUGAACCAAGUACAAUGCAUACGUAGGCAUUUCUGUAGAUACUGGUACAAAGUAUUUUUAUGUCUCGUCACCUUCAGGCACCACUUACUACAGGUAUGAUAUCAAUACAACUAUCCCAUUGAAUUCAAGUCCAUAACCGGACAGAACAUUUUAUUUUUAUUAUUUGAAGACUGCAAAAAUGACAUAAUUUUUGAUUUAGUUGGAAAUACAACUGGAAUUAAAAAUAGAUUUUUACCAUCUACAUGUCCAGUAAAAAAAUAGACAAAGAGAAAAUAUUCAAAUGUAUGGUAUUUUCUUUCUUUGAUUCAGGAAUUAUUUUCUUGAAGAUCAAUUUAAUGUUCUAACGAAAUAUAUCUGUUAACUAAAAUAUUUCUCUUUACAAGUUUACCAUGCAAACAUAAACAAAACAAUAUUUUCUCACUGAUAUCAUAAGCAGUUUUCUUUUAUUUAUUUUCAUUUUUUUUCCAUACAUACAUUGUAAAUGUUUACUGAUUCAAAAGACAGUAAACAAAAGAAGGCGACGAAGGAUGUUUAUUUACCAGUAAACAGGAAAGAUGAUUGAAAAAAAUAAAACAAAGAUUUUCAAAAAAGA